AUAAUAAUUUGUGGUUUGAGCAAAGAAGGUAGAUCGCUGAAAAUAUUAAUCAAACCCUAAGUUGGUUUACCCCUUAGAUUUAGAUCUACUUCGUCAGGUUAUCAGCUGUUCGAUUGUUGCUAUCGAAUUUGUCUGUUCAAGUUCGAAUCAGAAUAGGUAAUGCUCCUAUUGGCUGAGAGAGCGGCUGAUUCUCAGCUGUUGUGGUUAUCAAAUCUCAGCCCGCAAGGAAACCAUUUGCAAUGGGAAGUUAUGUUAUAGUCCGUCGACUGGCAACGCAGCCCAAAUUGGCCAAGGCCCCCAAGCGCAAAUGGAAAAGCGUCGUUGGCUUGGAGGUGCAUGCACAAAUUGCAUCAGCGUCCAAAUUGUUUUCGGGCAGUGGCACUGCCUUUGGAGCACCUCUAAACACAGCAGUUGCCUAUUUUGAUGCCUCCAUACCAGGCACUCUGCCCGUUCUUAAUCGGAAAUGCGUGGAGUCUGGAAUAAAGACUGCUCUGGCGCUUGGCUGUCGGGUGAACGAGGUGUCCAUGUUUGAUCGCAAGCAUUACUUCUAUGCCGACUUGCCAAACGGUUACCAAAUUACACAACAACGCGCGGCGCUGGCGAACAGUGGUCUGAUGACAUUUCCAGUCAUUACGCCCGGCAAAAAGGUUUACUAUAAAUCUGUAAACCUAUUGCAAUUGCAAUUGGAGCAGGACAGUGGCAAAUCAUUGCACGACGAGCAUCUAAAAAGAAGUUUAGUUGACCUCAAUCGCGCCGGGCUGCCUUUAAUGGAACUUGUGUUUGCACCAGAUUUGGAAACUGGCGAAGAGGCUGCUUCGCUGGUGAAAGAACUUAUGCUCAUACUAAAGCGACUACAAACCUGUAGCUGUAAAAUGGAAGAGGGUGCAAUGCGUGUGGAUGCCAAUAUAUCCAUACAUAAGGAAGGGGAUCCCUUCGGCGUGCGCACUGAAGUUAAGAACAUUGGCUCUGUGCGAAGCAUUUCGCAGGCGAUUUCCUAUGAAAUCAAUCGCCAGCUGGAGCUUGUGGCUGAGGGUGGUGUGGUCACAAAUGAAACGCGCUCCUGGGAUGCAGAGAACAGGCGGACUAUCGCAAUGCGUGACAAGGAAGUGCUGCAAGAUUAUCGCUUUAUGCCAGAGCCCAAUUUGCCGCCCUUGCAUGUGAAUCUUAAACCAGGCUCCAGUUCAACCAACGAUUUGAUAUCGGUUGCUGCGUUAAGUAAAGAAAUACCUGAAUUGCCCGAGCAUACGCGUCAGCGACUAAUGGAACAUUACAAACUAAAUGCAGAGACAGCCAUCAUUUUGGUGAAUGAACCCGUCCUGCUGGAUCACUUUGUAAAUAUUACUAAGAGUCUAGUUGGUGUGCCAACAAAAUUAGUUACCAACUUUCUUAUUAACGAUCUGUUGACCUACUGCAACAAGCUUAGCUUGGACAUCGAGGAUUGUGCUAUAAGCGCCAGUGCGUUGAAGGAUGUCCUCAAAUCACUUCAUGCAGAACAAAUUAAUUUGCAAGCAGCACGACAACUUAUUCAGCUCUUACACAAUAAUCCCACGAGUGAUGUUAGUCAACUGAUUGGCGAGCACAAUCUGGAACAGAUUUGCGAUAUGAGCACCAUUGAGGCCUAUUGCCAGCAGGCAAUGGUAAACCAACCAAAGGCUGUGCAGCAAUACCAGAAGGGGAAAUCGAAAGCCCUCUUUGCCAUAGUCGGUGAGGUGGCCAAGUUAUCUGCUCAAAAGGCGAAUAUGAAAUUAGUUGUAAAUUGUUUGGAAAAGCUGCUGAAGACGCAAAAAUAAAAGCGCAUUUUUUAUGUGUUGUUGGA